GCACUCUCUGCUCCUAUUGGUCAAUAGAGAAAGUCCUGCCCACGUAACGGCUGGUCUCUUACCUCCUACUGGACGUCGGACCGCCCACCAGAACGAGGACAAAACAAUCGACAUCCCUCAUACGGUACAACUUAACAGGAGGACCCAAGCCAAUUUUUGAUAUUAAAGACCUUUCUCAACCGCACGGACACCACCGAGGGAGACAUGGUUUCUCCGGUAACAGUAGUCAAGAGUGAAGGACCCAAGCUGGUGCCAUUCUUUAAGGCAACCUGUGUAUACUUUGUCCUGUGGCUGCCCACCUCAAGCCCAUCCUGGUUCAGCGCACUUAUCAAAUGUCUACCCAUCUUCUGCCUCUGGGUGUUUUUACUAGCACAUGGAUUCAGCUUCCUCGGUGCUCACUCCAAUGCCCGCAAGAUCUUGGCUGGCCUCAUCUUUUCUGCUCUGGGUGAUGCCUUUCUCAUCUGGCAGGAGCAGGGCUACUUCGUCCACGGCCUUCUGAUGUUUGCCAUCACCCACAUCCUCUACUCAUCUGCCUUUGGGAUGAAGCCUGUUAACGUGUCUGCUGGCCUAGUGAUCACUGCGGUGUCCUCUGUGAGCUACAUGCUGCUAUACCCCUACCUGUCUGGCCCCUUCACCUACCUGGUGGCCGUCUACAUUGCUCUGAUCGGCUUCAUGGGCUGGAGGGCCAUCGCAGGCCUGCAGCUGACCAACGACCUGUGGACCUGGACCAAGCUGUGCUCCUGCCUGGGUGCCGUGCUCUUUAUGGUCUCCGACCUGACCAUCGCCGUCAACAAGUUCUGCUUCCCCGUGCCCCAUUCGCGUGCCAUCAUCAUGGCCACCUACUAUGCCGCCCAGAUGCUGAUAGCGCUGUCGGCCGUUGAGUGCCAGGACGCGGAGGUGGCCAGGAAGAGAACGUGAGGUGCCGGCCGUGAGGGUGAGAAGGUGGCAGCGGCCUUCCCCCCUCCGGCCAUGAGUGAUCAUGGACACAUCUCACUGCCAUAUCCCCAGCCCUCAACCCUCAUCUCAGUGUGACGCUACCACACCGUUGUUAGCAUGACAACUGGUUCACAUGGCUAUCACCCUACUACCCCACUAGUAUGGUAGUCUCACACUCGUCUUCUUACCACGAAGAUAUGGCAGUAUUAUCUUCAGCCUCUCUUACAACAGUCCUACCUGCCUCCUCCGAUCCUAGAAUGGCUGUCUCUCAACCUAGUUACCAUGGAGACAAGCAUAGUGAUAUUAACCUGCUAUAUAUAUAGAGAGUUUAGAUUACUAUUACGAUUACAAUUACUAUUAUUACUUUACUUUUAACUGUUAUGUUUUAAUUUAAAGGGGAUAAUGUCACUGGGGACCUUCAAGGAGUGUGUGUGGGAGAGUGAUUGUGUGUGUGUGUGUGUGUGUGUGUGUGUGUGCAUUUAUGUGUGUUUGAUUAACACAGUCCCAUCACACACAGUCACCACACUGACUCCCACCACACAUCUACGUUAUGUGGUCCAAUAACACAAUUUUAACAUCUUAUUUUUGUCAUUUUUUGUUGUUGCCUGAGACCUUGUUAAAAAGGGAUUUGUCUUUCCCAUUAGCUGUCGUUCCCAUUAGCUUGUCACUCUCUGUUGCUCUGUGUUUUCCUGAGUUAAAGCUGUGGUAGGCAGUAUAUUUUUGACAUCGUUUGGGCAAAAAUUCGAUAAUAAUAUUUUAGCAUAUUGUAAUUCAAGUGGUCUGAGAGAAAACAAGACUUCUGUGCCUCCGCUUGGCUCUGUAUUUAAGCUUUAGAAAAUCUAGCCCGUGAUGGGAGACUUUAGCCAAUCACAAGUCAUUUCAGAGGGGGAGAGGGGAGAGCUGCACAAAGAGUUCUCACCCUACUUAAAAUGCUGGCGUUUGUUUUGCUUUCUGCCUACUGCAGCUUUAAGGGUGCUAUUGUUAAAGGAGAACACCACCUAAAUUAAGAAUUCCAAUAUGUUAUCUCCAUGGCCUAACAAAGUUUAAUCAGUAUUUGUGAACAUAUUUGUGAACACUCUCUCUCAAAGCCAGAAACCAGAGUAUAGAGUCUGGAGCUGCUCCAUAGACAAUGAAUGGGAGACUGAGAGAAUGAGGGAUUUUAUGGACCCACAGAAGUUUUUCUUUUUUAUACCCAAAUGAACUUGAUUCUAUUGUAGUGUUCUCAGAAUAUUCCCCUGGGUGCGCUCAGUGUCAUCUACUGAAUACCGUCUUUCCCAAUUCAUUGUAUUUGGAGCAGUUCCACACUUUAUACUUGAUGACAUCACUCAUUUUAGUUUUAGCACUUGAGUUUUUGAAUUUGGUUCAUGUUUACUAAUAUGUUGGACUGUCUUAGACCAUGGGAAAGUUCCUCUUUAAAGUCAGGAGCAUAUCCAAAUCUGCUUUAUUAUCCUCUUACAUUUCAUUUAUAACAACCACACUGCCUUUGUGUACUGCACCAACAUCCUCAACAAAUCCACACCCAGUCGCUUCGGGUGAAUGAAUUAGGAUGUCCUUAAAUAACUAGAUGUACAGAGAAAGAAUGACAGAGACAAAAAGUGAGGCAACGGGGUGAAAAG